AUGAAAGUAUUGAUAUUUACAGCACUUCUUUGUAUUCUGGGUUUGGCAAACUGUCAAAAUUGGAAUAAGAACCAUUGCGGCCAACGUCCAUUAGUGUCUAAUGAUGAUAUAGGAAAAGUUGUAGGUGGUUUUCAAUCAGCAGUUGGCGAUUGGCCAUGGUCGUGCUCUAUGCGUAAUCCAACAAGUCACAUUUGCGGUGGUUCAUUGAUUAACAGUCAAUGGAUUGCUACUGCAGCACAUUGUGUAAACAAAGCCAGUCAACCAGGUGCAUACAGAUGGAAAUGUGGUUUAAAUCACCGAAACACUCACGACACAUACACAAGAGAAUUCGUAUCAGUCCGUUUUGUUGUUCAUGAAAACUAUAACUCACGAAUCAUUCAAAAUGAUAUUGCUGUGUUUCAAAUAAGUAAUACCGACAUUACCUUUGAUAAUUACGUUAUGCCAGUUUGCUACCCUGCUGCAAAUACUGAUUAUGCAGGUCAAACUUCAAUUGGUAUGGGCUGGGGUACAUUAUUAUCUGGUGGCAGUCUCGCUACUUAUCACAUGGAAGUUGCAAUGCCUAUUUUGACUAAUGCUGCAUGCACAAGCAAAUUCGGCGGAGCAUCUCAAUUGAAUUCAGCAACUCAAAUCUGCGCUGGUGAAACCGGUUAUAACAAAGAUACAUGUCAAGGUGAUUCAGGUGGUCCAUUGGUUAUGCAACAUGCUGAUAAACUUUGGUAUUUGGGUGGUUUGACAUCAUGGGGUUAUGGAUGUGGUGAUGGUGGUGUUUAUACUCGACUUUCAGCGUUUCGUACCUGGGUUGAAGGUUAUGUUGGAGCACUUCCAACUGGUUCCGGUUAA